UUUCUCGUCCUCUUGUCUUGUCUCUUUCUCUCUCUUCGGUUCUCUCUCAAAGCGAGCUCCAGCUCGGAGGUGCAUGGAGCUUCUGUUCCGUCCUGGUUUUAUAGGGUUUCCUCUGGGCUGUUGAAGAGGCUGAUUUCGCAAGAAAUUCGCGUAAAAUGAGGUGAAUUUUGAUUCGGUGUCGUGGAUUGUUCGACGAUUUCGGAGCAUCUUUUUGGGUGAUUUUUAGGGUUUUUCGCGUACGAAUCGCCGACUGAUUCGAGAAUGCCGGCGAGUAGAUCGAAAUCGGAGAAGCAUGACGCUGCGAAGCAGCUCCGGCGGGACCCGUACGAGGUACUCGGCGUCUCUAGGAACUCCACUGAUCAGGAAAUCAAAAGCGCUUACCGACGAAUGGCUCUCAAGUAUCAUCCUGACAAGAACGCAAAUGACCCUGAAGCAGCUGAUACGUUUAAGGAGGUCACAUUCUCCUAUAAUAUCUUGUCUGACCCAGAUAAACGGCGUCAGUAUGAUACAGCUGGAUUUGAGGCUGUUGAAGCAGAGAGUCAAGAAUUGGAACUAGAUCUUUCAAGUCUGGGAGCAGUCAACACCAUGUUUGCUGCCCUUUUCAGUAAACUUGGGGUUCCAAUUAAGACCACUGUAUCAGCAACGGUUUUAGAGGAGGCACUUAAUGGCAUGGUCACUAUUCGUCCACUUCCAUUGGGGCAGCCUAUAUCCAGAAAGGUUGAAAAGCAAUGUGCUCACUUCUACUCCGUUACAAUUACUGAAGAGGAGGCACAAGCUGGAUUCGUUUGCCGAGUGCAAUCAUCUGACAAAAGCAAGUUUAAGUUAUUGUACUUUGACCAGGAAGGGAAUAGUGGGCUGAGUCUUGCUCUACAGGAGGACAGUGCAAAAACCGGAAAGCUUACAUCUGCUGGGAUGUAUUUUCUUUGUUUUCCAGUAUACCGAUUGGAUCAAACAGUCAACUCGAUAACUGCUGCAAAGGAUCCUGAUGCCGCCUUCUUCAAAAAAUUAGAUGGAUUUCAGCCAUGUGAAAUAAACGAACUGAAGGCUGGAACCCACGUGUUUUCUGUUUAUGGCGACAAUUUUUUUAAAAGUGCAAGCUACACAAUAGAAGCUGUUUGUGCUGAACCUUUUUUUGAGGAAAAGGAGAAUCUAAGGGCUGUCGAAGGACAAAUACUAUCAAAAAGGGUGGAGUUGUCAAAAUUUGAAGCUGAAUACAGAGAGGUUCUGGCCCAGUUUACGGAGAUGACCAGUAGGUAUGCGCAAGAAAUGCAAGAGAUUGACGACCUGCUCAAGCAAAGGAAUGAGAUACAUGCCUCGUAUACAACUCUUCCUCCAAUGAAACGGAGUUCAAGUAGAAACAGGAACAAGGGUCCAUCCAAGGAGGUUAGUGAGGAUGGGCAAGGGAGGUAUAAGAAACCAACAAGAGAUAGGCCUAAGAAGAAGAAGUGGUACAACAUUCAUUUAAAGGUUGACAAGAGGAAGCCGUGCUGACAGGAGUUAGCUUUGUGUCGGACAGGGAAGCUCUUUUGUUGCGGUAGUUUCACUUUCGCAUACGCGCAAGCCUAGUAAAGGACUAAAAAGGAGUCCCAAAGGCUUAUUGGGGAAGUGGAGACUGGGACUCCGGUGAGAUGGCUCCAUUACUUGUAUCGUGUCAACUCGGCAACUCGUUGUUGUAAAAUUCUUUCUUGUAUUCUUUCAUGUCUACGUAGUUCUCUUGUUGCUUUUCUUCAGCAUUUCAUCUGUUACACAUGUAAAUUACGUAAGUUAUUCAUGGAGGUCCGUUCAUCGCCUCAUUGAUUGCUUGUAUUUUUGGAUAAAGAAAAUGGAGAAAUGGCACGUUGCUGGGAGAUAUUUUUCUCUCGUAAAAGUAAGCAGUAAGUCUCUUCUCAGUUAUCUUCCACGAACGUCUGUAUUAAUUUAAGACUCUUUCAGU